AUGACGAGGUUGCAUCCUUUUGCCGAGCGAGAUUUGCAGGUUGAAUGCCUGAUGCAAGGGGUUGCAGAGGAAGGUCCCGUGACAGAUGAGGAAGUCCUGCAACAAUCCUUCGCAGACCUGUGCAGGCACAUGAUGCUCAACAAUGGGAGAGCUUUGGGUAAGUGUCUGGAUGCCUACCGCCGAGCUGGGCAUGUUCUCGAACAGUUUACAGUUCAGCUGCCAGAAAAGUACAUUGCUGAGAGGGUGACCUUUGAGAUCGACAGCAAUGGCAUCUUGAACGUGGCCGCGGAAGACAAGGGCACAGGGAAGAGCGAGAAGAUCACCAUCACCAACGACCAGGGUCGGUUGAACGAGGAGCAGAUCCAGAAGAUGAUUCCGGAAGGAGAGGAGUUUGCGGAUGAGGACAAGAAGGUGAAAGAGCGUGUGGACGCUAGGAAUGCCUUCGAUGGCUACAUCCACUCCAUGCGUUCAUCCGCGGAGGGCUCGGGCAACAACAAGGGCUUGAGUGAAAAGAUUAGCUCUGAUGAGAAGGAGACGAUCCUGGAUGCUUUGAAGGAUGCGCGUUCAUGGCUUGACUCCAAUCCAGAAGCUGAUGUGGAGGAGAUCAAGGAGAAGCAAAAGGAGGUCGAAGGGAUUUGCGCACCCAUUGUGUCGAAGUACUAUGGCGGAGGUGGUGGUGGCGGUGCUGGUGUGGGUGAUGAUGAGGAGGAUUUUCAUGACGAGUAG